AUGGGCCCAUUUUUCGGUAUCUCAACAUUCCAGUCCAAAAUAACAAAAUCAGCGGAUAUUGUUUCUGGAAUAUGUUAUGUGGUAUUUGGAAUAUGCUCCUUGUGUGGCAACAGCAUUCUCCUAUACGUCUCCUACAAAAAAAAGAAUUUGCUAAAACCAGCAGAAUACUUCAUUAUCAACCUUGCCAUCAGUGACCUUGGUAUGACUCUGGCACUGUGCCCUCUAGCUGUAACCUCCAGCCUUUCACACAGGUGGCUGUAUGGGAAGCAGAUUUGCUUGUUCUAUGCAUUUUGUGGGGUGAUGUUUGGAAUCUGCGGUCUCUCAACACUGACAUUACUGAGCACUGUGUGCUGCCUCAAAAUUUGCUUUCCAGCUUAUGAUAAGCUAAUUGUUUUGUGUCUUCCAGGAAACAGGUUCAGGAGAGAACACGGACAAAUCCUGAUAGCCUGUGCUUGGACUUAUGCAACAAUUUUUGCCUGUUCUCCCCUAGCUCACUGGGGAGAGUAUGGAGUGGAACCCGACGGCACUGCCUGCUGCAUUGACUGGCGUUCCACCAACAUAAAUGCUGUGGCCAUGUCCUACACCGUAGUCCUCUUUGUUUUCUGUUUUAUUCUCCCUUGUGGAGUAAUUAUCGCUUCCUACUCUCUGAUUCUGGUAACUGUGAAAGAAUCCAGGAAAGCAGUGGAACAGCAUGUCUCUGGCCCCACCAGGAUGAGCAACGCACAAACCAUUACUGUCAAGCUGAGUGUUGCUGUGUGCAUUGGAUUUUUUGCUGCCUGGAGCCCUUAUGCCAUCAUUGCCAUGUGGGCAGCUUUCGGAUCAAUAGAUAAGAUUCCUCCAUUAGCCUUUGCUGUGCCAGCUCUCUUUGCAAAGUCCUUCACACUCUACAACCCAGUUAUCUAUCUCCUUCUGAAACCAAAUUUCCGAAACACCAUUGCCAAAGAUUUCACAGUCCUUCAACAGUUAUGCAUCAGGAGUUGUUUUUGUGUCAUGGUACCACAGAACUCCAGAUCAACUUUGAACACCAUCCUGAGAACAUUUAAAGGCAAAAAUGAAUCCAGCUGUAAUUCUCUGCCAAUUGUGGAAGAACAUUCUUAUUUGCCCCAUGAAAAGCGCAGUGACACUUUUGAAUGCUUUGAAAGCUAUUCAAAAUGCUGCCAGGAGAGGCUAAGUGCUAUGGAACUGCAUCCCCAGGAAACUGUGUCCUUGGAGAGCAACCUCCAAGCAAAAGUGAGACAGGGCAGUAAGAAGUCAGUAAAGGUGAUUGUGUUGGGAGAAAAAAGCACUGAAAUUGAUAUCUUGGAAAUCACCUCAGAAACAGUACCCGUGUGUCGUGCGUUUACAGACUCGUAG